AUGAGCCGGCUGACCGUCCUCCUGGCGGUGGCUCUGGCUGCCCUGCUGGCGCCGGGGGCCGGGGUGCCUGUCAGGGUGCCUGGAGCACAGGGGUCCCGGAACAAGUUGCUCCUGGUGUCCUUUGAUGGCUUCCGCUGGAACUACGACCAGGAUGUGGACACCCCAAACCUGGACGCCAUGGCCCUCGAGGGAGUGAAGGCACGCUAUAUGACCCCAGCCUUUGUGACCAUGACCAGCCCCUGCCACUUCACCUUGGUCACUGGGAAAUACAUCGAGAACCAUGGUGUCGUACACAACAUGUUCUUCAAUACCACGUCCAAAGUGAAGCUGCCCUACCACGCCACGCUGGGAGUGGAGCGGUGGUGGGACAACGGCAGCGUGCCCAUCUGGAUCACCGCCCAGAGGCAGGGUCUGAAGACCGGCUCCUUCUUCUACCCUGGGGGGAACGUCACCUACCAGGGCGCGGCGGUGUCGCAGAGCCGGAAGGAGGGCGUCUUCCACAACUACAAGGACGAGCAGGAGUGGAGACGCAACAUCGACACGGUCAUGAACUGGUUCGUCCAGGACGGCCUGGACCUGGUCACCCUCUACUUCGGGGAGCCCGACUCCACCGGCCACAAGUUCGGGCCCGAGUCGGAGGAGAGGAAGACCAUGGUGAGGCAGGUGGACCGGACCGUGGGCUACCUGCGUGAGCGCAUCGAGCAGAGCGGCCUGGCCGGCAGCCUCAACCUCAUCAUCACCUCCGACCACGGCAUGACCACCGUCAACAAGAGCGGUCAGCUCGUGGAGUUCCACAAGUUCCCCAACUUCUCCUUCAAGGACAUCGAGUUCGAGCUGCUGGACUACGGCCCCAACGGCAUGCUGCUGCCCAAGGAGGGGCUGCUGGACAAGGUGUACGAGGCCCUGAAGGACGCGCACCCCAAUCUGCAUGUCUACAAGAAGGAAGCCUUCCCCAAGGGCUUCCACUAUGCCAACAACCCGCGGAUCACCCCGCUUCUCAUGUACAGCGACCCCGGCUACGUCAUUCACGGGAGAGUGAACGUGCAGUUCAACAAUGGGGAGCACGGCUUCGACAACGGGGAGCUGGACAUGAAGACCAUCUUCCGGGCCGUGGGGCCCAGCUUCCGGGCGGGCCUGCAGGUGGAACCCUUCGAGAGCGUCCACGUCUAUGAGCUCAUGUGCCACCUGCUGGGCAUCGUGCCCGAGGCCAACGACGGGCAUCUCAGCACCCUCCUACCCCUGCUGCACCAGGACGGGCACACGCCGGCCACACCUCGGACCUCCGUGCCACCCGAAGGCCACCCAGGGGCUGCUUCCCAGCUGAGCGCCAGGAGCUCCCUGGUGACGGGGCUGAUGGCGGCCACCAUCCUUCUGGCCCACGUGCUAUGA